AUGCUAUGGCUGGCCAACGUCGUUUGGGCCGUGGCGAUUUCGCCUUUGGUCAAUCAAGUCAAUGCCUCUCCUUUCCCCCAUACGCGCCAGUUUGAGCAGCAGUCAGACACCCGAGGCGCUGUCGCAAGCGAAAGUGACAUCUGCAGCCACAUCGGCAUCGACCUCUUGCGAAUGGGAGGAAAUGCUGCGGACGCGCUAGUCGGAACGGUGUUUUGCAUUGGAGUCGUCGGCAUGUACCACAGUGGCAUCGGUGGAGGAGGUUUCAUGCUUGUCCGUGCACCUAAUGGUACAUAUGAAUUUAUCGAUUUCCGUGAAACAGCACCCGCCGCUGCCUUCCAAGACAUGUACAAGAACAACACAAGGGCGAGCAUAUUUGGGGGCCUGGCUAGCGGAGUUCCCGGUGAGGUUCGAGGGCUUGCUCACCUGCACCAAAACUAUGGAAGUCUUCCCUGGCAGCUGGUGAUGCAAGGAGCGAUCAAUAUUGCAAGAUACGGCUGGACUGUCAACGAGGACCUUGUCAGCUACAUCAAAUCGGCAAACGCAUCGGAUUCGGCGGUUUCUCCGAAUUUUUUUGUGGACGAUCCAAACUGGGCCUUGGAUUUUGCGCCAAAUGGGACACUCCUUGGGCUUGGUGACACGAUCACCAGGAAAAGAUAUGCCAAUACUCUCGAGACGAUCUCAGAGAAGGGCCCGGACGCAUUUUACACUGGUUCAAUCGCAGAAACCAUGAUUGCCGCAUUGCAAGAAGAGAAUGGGACCAUGACAAUGGAGGAUUUGCGAGAUUACAAGGUGUCUAUCCGGCCUGCAGCGAACAUCACGUACCGAGGCUAUCGUAUCUUUGGUUGCAGUGCCCCAAGCUCGGGGGCAGUGGCCCUCUCCGUACUGAAAACGGUGGAAGGGUACAGCGACUUCUUCGCUGCCGACAAGGCGAACUUGAGCACUCAUCGGCUGGAUGAAGCCAUCAGAUUUGGCUACGGCGAACGAACCAAUCUUGGCGACCCCUCAUUCGUAGCCAACAUCUCUGAUUAUCAAGAUGAUAUGCUCUCGGACAGAUCCGCGGCCCAGAUUCGUGGCAAGAUACUAGACACCCGAACAUUAAAUGUGUCGGCGUAUGAUCCCUCGGGAAUCGAGUCACUGGAAACCCCCGGGACGUCCCAUAUUGUCACUGCCGACGCCGACGGGAUGGCAAUUACUCUUACCACGACCGUCAAUCUCCUGUUUGGGUCGCAGCUUCUGGUACCUGAAACGGGAAUCAUCAUGAACAACGAGAUGAAUGACUUUUCCAUUCCAGGAACCUCUAAUGCGUUUGGGUUUGUGCCUUCACCGUCCAACUAUAUUCGACCGGGGAAGAGGCCGUUGUCAAGUGUUUCACCAACGAUUGCUGAAUUCCCGAAUGGGACGCUCUACUAUGUGAUUGGCGCGGCUGGUGGCUCACGCAUCAUCACCGCUACCAUUCAGAAUCUCGUUCAUGUCCUGGACCAAAACAUGACAGCUCCUGAGGCCUUAGCACAGCCUCGCCUGCAUGAUCAACUGAUACCCAAUCACGUGACUUUUGAAUACUCAUAUGACAAUGAUACGGUGGCAUUUAUGAAGUCUUUGGGUCACAAUGUUACCUGGAUCCGUGUCGCACAAAGUUCUGCACAGGGGUUGCGACGACUCUCCAACGGAACUUUUGAGGCCGCUGGGGAGCCUCGCCAACUGAAUUCAGGCGGAUACGCGAUAUAG